UUUACCAGCCACCCCACACGGUCACACCGCUCGAGAAGUAGAGAAAAAAAGAAGGCGACGAAUCAAAAGCAGCAAGCAGCAAGCAAAAUCGACGCCGCACGUACCGGGAGCAUUUAAAUAAUUUUUUCUGUGGAUUAAUUUAACCGAAAAGGCUUCAACACAAUGACUGAGCGCGAGAACAAUGUGUACAAGGCAAAGCUGGCCGAACAGGCCGAGCGCUACGACGAAAUGGUGGAGGCCAUGAAGAAGGUCGCCUCCAUGGACGUCGAACUGACCGUCGAGGAGCGAAACCUGCUGUCGGUGGCGUACAAGAAUGUGAUUGGAGCACGCCGAGCCUCGUGGCGCAUCAUCACCUCGAUCGAACAGAAGGAGGAGAACAAGGGGGCCGAAGAGAAACUGGAGAUGAUCAAAACCUACCGGGGUCAGGUGGAGAAGGAGCUGCGCGACAUCUGCUCGGAUAUACUGAACGUGCUCGAGAAACAUCUCAUUCCAUGCGCCACAUCCGGCGAAAGCAAAGUAUUCUACUAUAAGAUGAAGGGCGACUACCAUCGCUACCUGGCAGAGUUCGCCACCGGCUCGGAUCGUAAGGAUGCGGCGGAGAACUCGCUAAUUGCCUACAAGGCGGCCAGCGAUAUAGCCAUGAACGAUCUGCCCCCAACACACCCUAUUCGCUUGGGCUUGGCAUUGAACUUUUCGGUGUUCUACUAUGAGAUACUCAACUCGCCGGACCGCGCUUGCCGAUUGGCGAAAGCCGCUUUCGAUGAUGCCAUUGCCGAGUUGGAUACGCUGAGUGAAGAAAGCUACAAAGACUCGACACUCAUUAUGCAGCUGCUGCGGGACAACCUCACAUUGUGGACGUCCGAUAUGCAGGCAGAAGAAGUAGACCCCAACGCAGGUGAUGGCGAGCCCAAAGCAGAAAUCCAGGAUGUUGAGGAUCAGGAUGUGUCGUAAUUUAAGUAAACCCCCGCCCUUCCAUUUAAAACACAUUAUAUACCUUCUAAAGUAAAUAUAAUACCAUAUAAUAUAUAUGCAUACAACAACAACAAGAACACGACAAGAACAUCAACAGCAACAACACGGAACCAACACGGCAACAACAACAACAACAUCCGCAACCAACAACGAACGAAACAAUAGCAGACGAGGGUAAAAGAAGCAGCAGCAGCAACAAAAUAAACAACAAGCAAACCAGCAAGCAACAAUAUUUCAUCAACAAUAAACAUCAUGGAAAACAACAGCACAAAAACAGAAAAAAACCAAACAAAAUGUUUGAAAAUUGGGCGGCCUGGUGGGCGUGGCGUGGCUGUUGCUGCGGCAAGAAUAGCAACAAAGAAUUCGCGGCAUUUGUUUUUGUCGUCGUCUUGCGCCGUGGGUCCUGCAGAAAACUGCAACAUCAACUCUACUACAUUUGAAAUUUUUGCAUUCGACAAACAAAGCAUUAUAUUAUAUUUAAAUAAAUAUUAUAUUUAAUUAUGAGAAGCAAAAAACAAAAAUAAACUUCAUUUAAACCACAAAACAAACAAAAGAAAAGAACGAAAGCCACACACUUAACGAAAAUUGAGAAACAAUCAUAAUCACACCAGUAAAUUACAAAGCAAAUUUCAUCGAGUUGGCAUGCAUUAAUUUUUAACUUUAAAAACAACAGCAACACAUAAAAUACAACUUUAAUUUUAAGCCAAUAAAAAACGUGAGAACGAGGAAAUAAAAACGAAAACAAUUUAAUAAGCGCAAACGUAAAAGUAAAACAUAAAGUCGAAAAUGUAAGGAAAAAAUACAGCAAUUAAUUUAAAUUUAAUACAUAAAUAAAACGUAAAAGGAGUAAACGAAACGAAGUGAGCAAACAGAAUGAGAGACGCAAAUAAAGCUAAAAACUAUAUUAAAUGAGAAAAAGGAAUGUUAGUUAAGCGAAAUUCAAAACGAAUUCUUAAGCUUAAAUUUGUAUGUAUGUAAGUGUACUGUUCAAACACCGACACACUCGCACACACAUACUUUCGCCCACACGCACACAGACACCUAAAUUACGCAUACGAACCGUUUGUUUUCUCUUGACGUUUCCUUGCUCUCUCACUCUCACAUACGCACCCAUAUUGGUAAUUUUGCAUGGUCAAAUCCAAAAAAUCGAUCGCAAUAUAAUUGGUUGAUAUUUGUUUAUCGCUUUUCGUUUUGUGUUCUCCAUCGCAAUCGCAAAAAGUUUUCUCAUCAUCUCUUACCUUGCGCAAAACAGAAAACAUAUUAAUAAUAUAGAAAAGUAUUUGUAGUUGCUAAUACAAAAGAAAAAAAAACAAAAAAAAAAGAAAACAACGGUACAUAUAUAUAUUGUAUACAUAUAUACUUGUAUAUUUUGUAUGCCUACCACUUAUGUAAUUUGUAGAGAAUUCAAACUUAACCCCUGAAACGUGCCCCUCCAUUAAUCCAGAUCCCUUUCCAAAAUUUCCCCAGCAUUUAAACAGAAACCUGAAUCCCUGGACAGAAACCGAUACUUUAACCGACGAAAUAUCAUUUGAUUUAUCUUAAAUCGACUAAAAAGAAAAGCCCAAACAAGAACAUGAUCAACGGCAGCAUUAUCUGUAGCGUGUUUGCGUGAUUAGCGA